CCCGGUUGGGCCUCGCAUUUUACGAGAGCGUAACAUCGUAUUCGUAGCAUCGAAUCCCUUCUUCUAAACAUUUCUCAUCUUCCUUUCGAAUUUCAAAAGAGAGCGUUUUUCUGGUCGAUGCUUGAAGUGUUGCCUGUGUUUUGAAUCCCACAGGCCAGACAUUGUGAUCUGAAAUGGGAAGUAAAGGUCGUGCUCCACCUCCUCAUCUAAGACGGCCCCUUCCUGGCCCUGGGAUAAUGCAUCCAGACCCAUUUGGCAUGGGUAUCCGCCCUCCACCAGGUGCAUUUUCACCUUUUGAUAUGUUGCCUCCUCCAGAAAUCAUGGAACAGAAACUCGCAGCACAACAUGUUGAGAUGCAAACAAUUGCAACAGAGAACCAAAGGCUUGCUGCUACCCAUACAGCUCUAAGGCAAGAACUUGCUGCCGCGCAGCAGGAGUUGCAAAGAUUGCAGGCUCAAAUAGGUGCUAUGAAGACAGAGAAAGAACAACAAAUGAGGGGCAUUAUGGAUAAGAUUGCCAAGAUGGAAGUCAACCUGCAAGGCACAGAGCCUGUUAAAUUGGAACUGCAGCAGGCACGAGCUGAUGCCCAGAGUUUGAUUGCGCUGAGACAAGAGCUGAUUUCUAAAGUGCAACAACUGACUCAGGAUCUCCAGAUGUCCCAUGGAGACGGCCAGCAGAUUCCUGCCCUGAUGUCAGAACUUGAGGGUCUCAAACAGGAAUAUCAGCAUUGCAGGGCUACGUAUGACUAUGAAAAGAAACUAUAUCAUGACCACCUUGAGUCACUUCAGGUGAUGGAGAAGAACUAUGUUUCUAUGGCAAGAGAGGUGGAAAAGCUUCGGGCAGAAUUGGCUAAUACCACUAACCUUGAGAGAAGAACUGGCGUGCCAUAUGGGGCCACUACUGGGUACAAGGAGAAUGAAGCUGCUGAGCAUCAUCCUGUUGGACAAAAUGCUUAUGAGGAUGGUUAUGGUGUUCCUCAGGGACGCGGACCUGCUGCUGCUGCUGCUGCUCCUGCUCCUUAUGGUGGAGGCCCACCCGGGCCUACUGCACGAGCUGGUUAUGAUGCAUCCAGAGGACCUGGUUAUGAUGCACAAAGAGGAACUGGUUAUGAAGCACAAAGAGGAACAAGUUAUGAUGCUCCCAGAGGUCCUGGUUAUGAUGCACAAAGAGGACCUAGUUAUGAUGCUCCCAGAGGUCCUGGUUAUGAUGCACAAAGAGGACCCAGUUAUGAUGCUCCCAGAGGUUCUGGGUAUGAUGCACCACCCAGAGGUGCUGGUGGUCCUCAAGGACAGAGCACACAGGGAAAUACUGUACCUUAUGGGUCUGCAACACCACCUGCACGAGCUGGAGGCGGUGGGGGUUAUGAGGCCUCUCAACGAGGUGGAAACCCCAACCGACGUUGACCUUGAUAUGGUCAUUUGAGAUCUGUUCUCUUCGAUUGUGCCUAGUGAUGGGAGGAAAAAUUAUCAGCAUCGUUAUACUCUUUUGCAGACUUUCUGAUGACAGGAUGCCUUUCUAUCUUUUCCAUUUUGUAGUUUGCCUGUUGAUUUACUCAAGCUCUGAUAUUAGUGAUUGUAGUGCUCCUAAAAAUAUACUCAUUCACAGAAAAUUGUUAACAGAUAUGCAUCCAUGUUUUGAGCAUGUGAGCUGGAAA